AAGGGCAUCUCCUGCCCCUCCGAGGACCCCAACUGCACCCGCAUCGUGGAGUCCCUAUCCGCCUGGAACGACUCUGCUGUGGAAGCCUACAAGCUGGUGGACCUGCCCCUGGCCACCACCUCUGCGCCCAUGGUGCAGCAGCCGUUCCACCCGUUCCCCACUGUGGACGUCCCGGAUCACGCCCACUACACCAUCGGAGUGGUCAUCCUGGUGAUCGGCAUCACGGGCAUGGUGGGAAACUUCCUGGUCAUCUACGCCUUCAGCAGGAGCCGGAGUCUGCGGACACCCGGAAACACUUUCAUCAUCAACCUGGCCAUCACCGACUUCCUCAUGUGCGUCACCCAAGCCCCAAUCUUCUUCACAACCAGCAUGCACAAGAGGUGGAUCUUUGGAGAGAAAGGCUGUGAGCUGUACGCCUUCUGCGGCGCCCUCUUCGGGAUCUGCUCUAUGAUCACGCUCAUGGUCAUCGCCAUCGACCGCUACUUCGUGAUCACGCGCCCCCUGGCCUCCAUCGGGGUGCUGUCCCGGAAGAAGGCCCUGCUCAUCCUGCUGGUCGCCUGGCUCUACUCCCUGGGCUGGAGCCUACCCCCCUUUUUCGGCUGGAGUGCCUACGUCCCCGAGGGCCUGCUGACAUCCUGCACCUGGGACUACGUGACGUUCACCCCCUCGGUGCGCGCCUACACCAUGCUGCUCUUCACCUUCGUCUUCUUCAUCCCCCUCUCCGUCAUCAUGUACUGCUACUUCUUCAUCUUCCGCGCCAUCCGCCAAACCAACAAGGCUGUGUGUAAGAUCAGUGGAAACGGCAGCAGGGACUCGAAGAGACUCAACCGUUUAAAGAACGACUGGAAGAUGGCGAAGAUCGCGCUCAUCGUCAUCCUCCUCUACGUGCUCUCCUGGUCCCCGUACUCCGCUGUGGCCCUGACCUCCUUCGCAGGAUAUGCUGAUUUUCUCACCCCCUACAUGAACUCUGUGCCGGCUGUGAUUGCCAAAGCCUCAGCUAUUCACAAUCCGAUCAUCUACGCCAUCACACACCCGAAAUACAGGUUGGCGAUAGCCAAGUACAUCCCGUGCCUGCGGGUGCUGCUGUGCGUGCACCCCAAGGACCUGCAGUCCUCCAGCAGCUUCACCUCCACCCGCCGCUCCACCGUCACCAGCCAGACCUCCGACAUCAGCGGCCACUUCCCGCGCGCUGGCGGAAAGUGCCGGCUCUCCUCCGCCUCCGACAGCGAGUCUGGCUGGACGGACACCGAGGCGGACCUCUCCAGCCUGGGCUCGCGGCCCGCCAGCCGGCAGGUGUCCUGCGAGAUCGGCAGGGACACGGCCGAGAUGCCCGACUUCAAGCCGACCAGCUCUCUGAAGUCCAAGCUGAGGAGCCACGACUCGGGCAUCUUCGAGAAGACAUCCGUUGAUGCAGACGACAUCUCCAUGGCUGAAGCGGGCCAAUCGGACCGCGGCUUGCCUCCGUCUGCCGCUGAUGUCACCGAGGGGGCGGGGCUAAGGACGGCCGCUGGGCGGAUCCCGAGCAUCGUCAUCACCUCGGAGUCCAGCCCCGCCAUCUUACCCUUCCUCCGAUCGAGCGUCCGCUCCUCCCGCACCCGAAACGCCAACGGUGGCCUCGGGGUGGGGCCUGUGACCGGAGAUUACUCUGUCCAGUAG